AUCUAGGAAAGCCAAGCCCGGGGCAUCCACGGGGAAGCCAUGGAUCUUUGCACCAUCGCCUUCACCGCUUUCGCUAUUAUCCUCUUUCUCUUCACCUUCAAGGUCCUCGCUACAAGUCUGAACAAAAAUCAGAGAAAAUAUAAGUACCAUCCCGUGGGUGGCACAGUCUUCAACCAACUUCUCAACUUCAGUAGAUUGCAUGAUUAUAUGACUGAUCUUGCCCGGAAGUACCGGACCUACAGGCUGCUCGGUCCGCUCAGGAAUGAGAUCUACACCUCUGAGCCAGCCAAUAUUGAAUAUAUACUCAAAACCAACUUUGAGAAUUACGGAAAGGGUCAGUACAAUUACAUCAUUCUAAAGGAUUUAUUAGGUGAUGGGAUUUUCGCAGUUGAUGGUGAAAAGUGGCGUCAACAGAGAAAAGUUUCAAGCUAUGAGUUCUCAACAAGGUUCCUAAGGGACUUCAGCAGUGUUGUCUUUAGGGAAAAUGUGGCCAAACUUGUUCGUAUAUUGUCUGAAGCAGCAAAUUCCAACCAGAUAAUAGAUAUUCAAGUAAGUUCAUAAGACAUUGUGGGUUAGUGAUGUGAGAUAGAGUACCUCUUUUAUGCUUCGCUCUACCCUGCACUUCCGGUGGAUGCAAAGAUUUGCUUCUCUGAUGAUACUCUGCCAGAUGGUUUCAAUGUGAGGGAAGGGGAUAUGGUGUCUUACCAACCUUAUGCAAUGGGCAGAAUGAAAUUCAUAUGGGGUGAUGAUGCAGAGGAAUU